AUGGACGUACUUCUUCAAGUGGCGGAAGCGCGCGUUGCUCCACUGCUGGCGUGCGUUAAGGGCUGGCCGUUGGAGGCUCAGGUGGACCUGGCGAAUUGGCGUCCGGUUCUAUUGAAGCUGCAUAAGCUGCUGCUGGGGGCGCUACAGCAGUGUCCUCACCUCGUAUUGGUGGAAACAGAGCUGGAGAAGACAGACCAGCCAAUGGCAACGCAGACGGAGCUAGAGGUAACCGAACUGGUGUACGAGAUCUUGAAAUUUUCAGGAUUCCUGCUCGAGAACGCAACUAAUAAGGCAGUCUAUCCAUCUGCUGAGCCGGUGACGGCUCUGCUAGCAGCUAGAAACGAACGAGUCGUGUUUGAGGCUACAAAAGUGGCGGCUAUGCUGGCAUUGCUCUCUCAAGUUCAUCGCUACGCUGCAGAUCUCACGAGUUUCAUGGACCCUGCAGCCGGUAAGAAUAAUCUACUCAGACGGAGACUACUAACAGUAGCACAAGGUCGAGGAGCACCCAGAAACAGCUUGGAGGUGGUAGACUAUUUGAAUGCGGCGAGUGCUGCGACCUUCAAAGACGUGGACUUUCAGUUUUACAGCUCGGACCAGGAAGAGAAUGCGACGUCUCAUGUUGUAAGUGUGACCAUCCCGCCCUAUGAGGACAUAGUGACAGCUAGUACAUCUCCUACGGAGGCCGCGAGUGCGGCGGCGGCGGCGUGUGAAUGUCUAAUUGAGCAGCACAAGAUCCCCGCGAGACUGCAUUUCCAGUUAUAUACACAGGUACGAGCGUGCUAUGCGUCCCGAAGUGCGUUGGCACGGGAGAAUUUAGUGGUGGAGCGAUUGCACGCGCUGCUUGCGCUCUUUUCGCUGUUCAGUGAUGCGUGGGAUGUGACGAAUUACGUGGAACAGCAUCCGGAGCUUACGCGGGGGAUUGUGGAGCUCGUUCGUGUGGAGAGUAUUGAACAUGUGCCUGUACGUGUACGAGUGACCGCUUUACUUGUGUUGACUGCGCUAGUGAACGAUCGAGUUGGGAGAGCUGGAGGGAUGGGUGUGCUUGGUCGUCAGUCCAAUGUGUUGCAAGCCUUGGGCGUUGUAAAGGGGACGCCACAUGGCGUUUUUCCUUCCCUCGUGCGUUUCUGUACGGCUGAACUGGGAGAUGUUACUGCACUUGGCUCAGGUGCGACCUCAGGGUCUACGUCCCCUCCUCCUAUCACGUCAGAAACAUCGGAUACAGACAUGGAUAUGAGUCUAGCAGUCGCGUUUGUGCAGGCAACAACAGAAUUUUUAUCUCCUCAGGAGGCUGAGGUAGUCAGUGUGCUCCCAUUCCGAAGUGUUGGCAGCGGAAACGGCCAGGAGACGAAACUAUGCUGGAUGGAGGCUGUUUUAGGGCUGCUGACUGCUGUAGUGGCCAUUCAGUCUGGCGCUGCUGUUCUCACAGAAAACGGGAUAGUCCCAGCUCUUCUGCACGUACUUACAAUGCCGUCGGUGAGUGCAUUUCACAUGGCUGUGACGACUCAGUGUGUACAAGCACUUGAAAUUACGGUGAGCAGUCAUUCAGCAGCAGCUGGCCUCUAUCGUGACUUGAAUGGAGUCGGUAUUCUCGUGGAUCGGCUCAAACUGGAGUGUGCCAGUAUUGCUGGCUCAAGGGGCGGUGCAAUAAGCUCGUCGGCAGUCUCCGAAACAAAAACAGUGCUUUUGCUAGCCAUCUUAGCGUCGUUAUCCAUGUCGUUCCAUUCGCAAGGUGUGAUGAGCGCAGGAGCUACAAGCCGCGCUAUUCGCGAAGGUAGUGCUCUCAACAAGGUUUUGCUGCAGCUUCUGUUCAACGUGAACAUCUUUGGACCGGUCGUAUUUGCCCAGGCGGCCAUCGUGGUUUCGGAUGUUAUCAAUAACGACCCAGCCAGUGUGAAUCAUGUCCAUGCUACCGGACUGGCAGACGCGUUCUUGAUGACACUUACACGAUGGGACAUUGCGGAGUUGUAUCCAUCUCGGAUCCUGUUGCCUCCAUCCAGUGAAUUACUGACUGCAGUACCAACAGUGCUGAAUGCCUUGUGCCUUACCACGACACACGCUGAGAAGGUGGCAAAGUACGAGCCACUCAUGCACCUCCUCGAUGUGUUUGCACUUCCGCAGUACACAGAAGAAGAGUCCAAGGAUUAUUGUUUCCAGGGUGAUACGGCGGCCGUUGUUGGUGCUGGUAUCUUUGAGCUUAUGCGACAUGUCCCUAGCUUCCAGAAUGCCGCCAUCCAAGCUGCAGUUCAUGCUUUAAAGAAAGUAAUUCGUUUCGGUGAAGAAAGCUGCUCGUCAACAGCCUCGACAAUGCCCCAGUUUGUCGGAGACAAGACUAACGGCAUUUUAAUUCGAAUGACUACUCACGUAGCGGAUUUGUUGGAGCCGUUGCUAUCCAAGUCCGAGCAUGCGGCCUAUUUUGCGGAUCUUGGGGGCAUUCGGUUGCUUCUAGCGCUCUAUCAACUGAUUUUACCGAGCACGUCCGCGUUUUUGGAAAACGCUAUGCCGAGUAAGAAAGCAGCGAGGAGUGGGUUGCCCGAAAACGCUUUGGCUCAUAAUUCAGCAGUGCAGUCGAUAACUCUUGCGCUUCGUUCGUACGCCUCCCAACAGCCUACGAACCUUCUCGGGGCAAUCACAAAAGAGCUGGGAAUACAGAUGGACAACUUGCAACGCGCUCGUGCAAAGGUUGGCUUACCGUGGUUUUUGAGCGAGAGCGGAGAGGGCGCCGAAAAAGUGUUGAGCUCGUUGCCCGAUGUUGACUUGGCUGACCUGGUGGGUGGACUCGAAAAGAGCAGUGCUACGAACCCCAUUGCCGAUAAAGUCUUGGUUGUUGGAGAGUAUCUUCGCGUCUUGGCAGUACUUGAGUGGCUUGCGUCUGUCAUCGUCUGGACGUUGGAAACUGCGCACACUCACAUGCAGAGUCGGCGUUGGUUUACGGACUUUACUGCGUCUUCGACGCAGCAAGUUAUGGCCCGUUUAUUCCGUGUGGACCGUUCGGUACAGUUUGAGCGGGCGAGUUUGGCGGCACUACACCAGAACAAGCGAAAGGAGAAGAGCUCAGAAAAGCAGGUUGAUGAUGCUAUUGCGGCCAGUAGUGGUCAUCGAGGAGCUGGACUCUGGAAAAUGGGAUCUCUUCUUCUUCUGCGCUUUUCGCUGAGUAUGCGUGGGCUUUUAACAGCGUAUAGCAAGGUCUUGUUAUCUGCUCCAAUGCAGCAUCGCCGAGGAGAUGAUAUCGCUGUGCCUUUAGCUCCACAUGCGCGAGCGUUAGCACGAACGGCGACGCAGAUUUUGGAGGGUCAUCUGCUUUAUGUCGUGGCAGUAACUCGCGCGACACAGAUCGAUACGUUUGUACAGCAGUACUAUCUUACGUUCCUGCUGGAGACUAUUUCAAUCGUGCUUUUCGAGGGAAAGAAAAAGCAAGCAAACACUCUCUUGCUCGUGGAGCUCAUGAAGCCGAUUGGCGACGUUUCCGAGGUGCAAGUAUCGCCACAAGCGCAUCCUUCAUCGAGUGAUGAUGUUGCUAUGGCUCAAGAAAACGCUUCUGAAGUAGAAGGCGGUGUUAUUAAGGGUGGCAAAACGAUCGCCACUUGCGCCGGCGCUCAAUUCACAGCCUCGAACCUUAUGGACGUGAUCAUGAAUAUUGUCGAGCGCUUCUUUACGGUGUGCCUCGAUGGAGAAGGUACAAGCACCGGUAGCAAGUCCUCGCAAAUGGCGUUGACGUCGUUUCAUAUCGCUGCAAGCGUUCUGCGGAAGCUGUCGAACCUGGAAGCUCUGUCUGCGUCGCCGCUGACAGCUGCGCUGCUUACCAGUGAUGAAGCAGGGGAAUCGGAAGACGCGCCAUUUGAACCUAAGAAGCUGACGGUCCAGCUGCAUGCAAUGUGUGUGCGUGCGUUGCUGUCAAUUUGGAAGAACCCCAACUUUUUGACUUCGUCCGUGGAUUCGUGUUUGGCAGAAAUUAUGCCUAUUGCUGUGACGAUAUUAAAGAAUCGUUUGGAUACUGACGAUGAAGCUGUGGGCUCCGAUGGCGAGAGUGUGCUAGGCCGUCGCCAAGGGCUGGGCUUUAAUCGUGGCAACCGUGAACGAAACUCCAGCACGGAACUCUAUAACGAAGCGUUGUCACUUCGACGUGCUCUCUUUGGGGGAACACGUGGCGGUGGGUCGUCUGGACUGGGAGGAAGUAGUCGCCGUCAGUCUUUUGAGCCGGAUUCGGAGAUUGUAGAGAGUUUGGUGUCGAUGGGGUUUCAGCAGCCUCGAGUCGAGCGUGCACUCCGACAUGUUCAAGUUAACAAUAUGGAGCUAGCGAUGGAGUGGAUUCUGGCCCACCCUGAAGACGAGAAUGACGUGGAAGGCGAUGAAACGGAGCACAACGAAACGAUAGGUGAGGACAGUGCAGCUACGGAGGCCGGCCUUCGUCGAGAGAGGGAAGCAGCAGAAGAGAAGAAAGUGGAAGACGAAUUGCAAGCGCUUUAUACGUCGCUAAGGGACAGUUUCGAAGCGGUUUGCUUUCAAAUUUUACGUGUGCAAGCCGAAAAGGAAAAGUGUGAGGAUCCGACACGCGCAAAGGAUUCGGAGACACCCAAUAAUUUAUAUCCGAGCCAAAACUUGGUCAAGGCGAUUGCGGAGUAUUUCAGUUUCUUGUGCUCGCGCUCAGAUAAAGACCGAGAUUUGGUGAUCCAGCGUCUCAAUACAGCUAUUCUGGGCUAUUUCGACGGUGGCAAUGAAGGCGGGGAUGAGUAUUUGACCAUGUUGACCCACCUGCUUGCACUCGUGCUUCAGCUGCACUCUGACUCGUGGACCGCGAUGCAACAGCAAACACCGUCGUGUAUCGACAAGAUCGUGUCCUCAGUGUCGAGUAACGAGAUUCUGAAGCCCUCCUCCACUCCUGUGCUAUUAGUUCUCGACGCCGUUGUUACUGACACUGAGUUUGAGAAGAAAUUAGUAACAGUUUGCUUAGAAAUGCUGAAGCGGGGAUCGUCUGCGGCCUCGACGAGUGAUGGCAAGGCUGUCGCUCAUGCGAUUUGGCAGCUACUGUCGCGCUUAACGCUCGAGUAUGACCUGGCAUCGUACUUUUCGGCAUAUGGCGGGCUUGACGCUGUAUUGGACAUUUCGGAAGAUCUUUUCUUCGCUGGAUACCAAGAACUGACGGGUACGUUGCUCUCGCAGGUCUUAGAAUCUCCUGAGGUUCUAGAGCAUAUGAUGGAAGAGAAGAUUCAGCGAGCAAUUACCAAAUUGUCGACUCGAUUUGGCGCACCCAGCCAGAUGCGCAUCACGCCGCGCGCAUUGCUGACUGAAGUCGCCCCAUUUGCAGCUCGCAAUGAAGCGGUAUUCCUCAAGGCAUUGCAGAAUUCGGUGCGUGUUAAGAAGACCGAGUCAGGCCGAGCAUACAUCGUGCCUAGACCGAAAAAGACUGACUGCACCGAAGCAGCAACAGCUCCAUCUGCGGCUCCGCACAAAUUUUCCAAGGGCCACAAGCACCAGGCUCACGUUAUUGUGCACAAGAUCAUAGGACGCAUUCGUCGAUUGUGGGACGUCGAAAAGGACGCCAAGAAGCCGUGUGACAAGCAGCAGACGUCGGGCAACACGUCGGCGGGGAUGUGUGUGGGAGUGUAUUUGCAGCUUCUUGCUCAUCUGAUCACGUACUUCCCUGCGUGCGCGACAGUUCUGGCAAAGGCGAAAGACGAAGUGGAUUCGCAUGGAGAACGCGGGAGCUUUAUACGUUUGGUGCUGCGUGAAUUUUUGCCCUCGCGUGACCUUUGUCAGUUUGCUGCGGCUCGCAGAGCGUUGAAGGAGGACGGGUUUUAUGGGAAUAGCAGACUUGGCAGUGGCGAUGCCGAUCUCCUAGUCGCAGACGUGAAAGUGUUCGUUGACAGUCGUACAAGGCUGCGUGUGCAUAACGCGCACCGACUGCUUGUGAGGAUCGGCAGUCAUUCUGGAGAAGGCUCGAAGUGUAUCAUCUUAGAGCUUGUUCAUUUGCUCCAAGAGUGGCCCCAAAGUGGUGCUGUGAAUCUUGCAAGCGAGCAUGAAGAUCUGAGCGUGCGUGAUGAACGUGCACUGAGCUCAUUACAUGCGUGGUCAGGCUUGAUCAUGAGAGGUCUCAAGGGCAAACACUCCUUCGUGACACUGCUCGCGGAGGCGCUACGGAAGAUCGAUUUGACGCAUCCAAUGGCGCACGCUACCUGCACGAUGUUGCUGCGUCCACUGUCCACUCUAACGCGUUCAUUUGUGACGCAUCGCGUGCGACGUCUGCUUAAGAAGCGCAACCACAGUUCAACUGUCCCGGGUGAUGCUGGUGCAGUGGAAGGCAGUCAAACCCAAUCGCUUCUUCAGAGGACAUAA